GAAUUUAACAACGUUAAGUUGUCAACAACGUCAUUUUCUGUUUUUGUGUGUUUACAAGAAUGGACGUAAUAAAAAACGAGCAAAUGUGUUUACAUAUGGAUAGACAGUGGUUAUAUUUAAUAUAGAAUAUAAGAGAAUGUAUGAAAAUGUAAUUCAACGUGAAACAAAUACUGCUUAGCUUGUGGGUGUUGUGUUCUCAUUAUUUCAAUUUGCUCAGUGUUCAAGAUUUUGCAAUGCCAGCCAGUAUAACGGGAUGGUCUAGUUCCUGAAACAAUUGAAAAACUGCCGUUGUCAUUUAUAAAUAUUUUCUAACGUUUGAUUAUUUAAAGCUUUAUAAAGCAAAUUUGCCCGAUACUUUUCACAGAGAUGGGGAAUUUCUUGAAUAGAAGCAAUCGAUCGGGGCCCAAGUUCAGACUGGUGGUUCCAAACCACACUCUAGAGGAGUCUGUCAAAAGCCCAGGCCACCCAAACAGGGACUUUGCAUCCAACGGAAUAAAAACUACCAAAUACUCUUUAAUAACAUUCUUGCCAAAGAACUUGUUUGAGCAGUUCCAUAGAUUUGCCAACCUAUAUUUCUUAUUUGUUGUGGCAUUGAACUGGGUGCCACAAGUUCAGGCGUUUGGGAAGGAAAUUGCAAUGAUUCCCAUUUUGUUUGUGUUGACAGUAACAUCUGUUAAAGAUGCUUUUGAAGAUUAUCGAAGAUAUCGGUCUGACAAAAAAGUGAAUGGAAGUACUUGCCGUGUGUAUGAUCAUAGUGAAAAGCAUGAAUUCCAUUUGAAAGAGUGGCAUCAUAUUCAUGUUGGGGAUAUAAUUCAUCUUUCUUGCAAUGACAUCAUACCAGCUGAUUUGCUUUUGCUCAAAUCGUCUGACCAACAAGGCAUAUGUCAUGUAGAGACUAUGAACCUUGACGGUGAAACAAAUCUCAAGCAGCGCCAAUCAGUGUCUGGAAUUAACUAUGAGGAUGGUGUUUACAAAGCCAGACGUUUUAAAUACACAGUUGAAUGUGAUCAGCCAAAUGCAGAGAUAUACAAAUUCAAUGGAAAAGUGAAGAUGUCAGAUUGUGGGGACCAAAUUGUGCCGCUGAACCAGAACAACAUCCUGUUACGAGGCUGCAUCAUGAGGAACACAGACUGGAUAGAGGGGCUCGUGGUAUAUGCAGGUGCCGAGACAAAGUCUAUGAUGAACAACCGUAACCCACGCUACAAGCGUAGUAAGCUGGAACGGGCGUUGAACCGUGACGUGAUCUGGUGUGUCAUCAUUCUCCUCUUCCUCUGCUUCUUCUGCGCUGCAGGCAGCGCACUGUGGCUGGGACAGUACGAGGACAGUACGGCAAUCAUGUUUAUCCCGUUCGAGAGCUCCGAACAGUUCAACCCGUACUUCCAGGCCUUCAUUGUCUUCUUCACUUACAUCAUCAUUUUCCAGUCUGUGAUCCCGCUACCCCUGUAUGUUUCCCUGGAGAUAAUCAAGCUACUCCAGGUGUAUUUCAUCAACCAGGACCUGCACCUCUACCACGAGCCGUCGGACAAGCGGGUAGAGUGUCGGGCCCUAAACAUCACCGAGGAUCUCGGGCAGAUUGAGUAUAUCUUCUCUGACAAAACUGGAACUCUCACAGAAAACCAGAUGGAGUUCAAGUCAUGUACAAUAGGUGGAAAGAACUAUCCUCAUGUCCCAGAGUUUGAUGAGGACCUUCAGAGUGACACGGGUAGUCGGUAUUCUCUGGCCAACAUCAGCAGAAACAGCGCAGAUGUGCUUAAACGAAAACCUGGAAAUCUUCAAUCUGCGGUAAUGGACAAUCUCAAGAUGGAGACUGAGAUUCAGCGUGAGUUAUCUAACAUGUGUCUGCGCUCACUUGGCUCUAUUGAUGUGAACGUGACGACCCUCAACCACAAGAACCAGGUCCAGGAGUUCUUCCUGCUCAUGGCCAUCUGCAACACUGUCGUGGUGUCCCUACACCCGCAUGAGGACAUUAUGGACUCUGAGGGCAACGUUGAGAGCGUGAUCAGCAUCCCAGCCUCUGUGAACAACAGCAACAGCCAGAAUCAUGAGAACCCUAUACUCCGUGAGCGAUACACCAAACUUCCUGAAACCCCUGCACCUAAUAGACUGGCUCCCAUACACCCAGACACACAAAGGGUGAAAACCACACUGCCACCAAUACAGAGCCAGAGUUUAGACAGGGAAAAGUUUCCCCGAUACACACAAAGACUUGAAUAUAUGCCAAAGAUCUCAACACCAACAGGGAGUGUAACCGGGGGCAGUGUGGCAGGCUCAUCUAUACGUUCGGACAUGUCAAGGACACGCUAUGAGGCAGAAAGCCCCGAUGAACUGGCUCUUGUGAGGGCUGCAAGCACAUACAACUGCUGUCUAAAAGGCCGUACAGUCAAGUCUGUCACAGUCUGGCUGCCAGCUGAGGGUGAGGUAGAGUUUGAGGUGUUACACGUUCUCACGUUCGACUCCACCCGAAAACGCAUGUCCAUAAUUGUUAGACACCCUCUCACCAAGGAGAUCAUCAUCUACACCAAGGGAGCCGACUCAGCGGUUCUCAGUGUGCUCUCCAAGAAAUACAAAGGAAGGAAGAAAAGGAAGGGUACUGAAAAUGAGGAGUUCAAGAUAAUGCUGCAAAACACGGAAAAGCAUAUCAUGGAGUACGCCAUGCAGGGCCUCCGAACACUGUGUAUGGCCAAAAAGACAAUCACACGUGCAGAUUAUGAGCGAUGGGCCGCCGAUCACCUGACCGCAGAGUCAUCACUAGAGGAUAGAGAGGAGAAACUGCUGGCCUCUGCCUGCAGGAUUGAGGAGGACCUCGAACUUCUUGGAGCCACAGGUAUUGAAGACAAGCUACAGGAGGGUGUGCCAGAGACAAUCGCGGCAAUGCGGGAUGCAGGAAUCAAGGUGUGGGUGUUAACGGGAGACAAGCAGGAGACGGCCAUACAGAUAGCCUACUCCUCGCAACUCUUCAACUCGGACCAGCAACUCAUCAUUGUGAAUGCUGAAACCAAGGAAGAAACAAAGGAUCUCCUGGAACACCACAUUAAACAGAUUCAUAGGGAUGAGAAAACCCCACAGACAGAGUCAAGCCCACCUGCCAAGAAGCACUUGUACGGUCUCGUGAUUGAUGGGAAAACUCUGUUCCACGCCCUGGAUGCAGACCUGGAGAAAAUGUUCCUCCUCCUGGCCGGGAAGUGCAACUCUGUUAUAUGCUGUAGAUCUAGUCCAAUCCAAAAGGGUUUGGUUGUUAAGUUGGCCAGAGACGAGCUUAAGGUGCUCACAUUAGCUAUAGGGGACGGUGCAAACGAUGUUGCCAUGAUCCAGAUGGCCGAUGUUGGAAUCGGAAUCUCAGGCCAGGAGGGCAUGCAGGCAGUAAUGGCAUCUGAUUUCGCAAUUGCCAGGUUCCAUUUUCUGGAGCGAAUGUUGCUGGUCCAUGGUCACUAUUGUUAUAGUCGCCUCGCACGAUUCUCCAUCUUCAUGUUCUACAAAAGCUUAGUGACGACGAUGAUGUUGUUCUGGUACAACCUAUACAGUGGUUACAGUGGGAACACCCACAUUGACAGCCUGUUCUUGAUGGGACAUCACGUCUUGUUCACCGCAUUCCCGCCCAUUGUGAGCGGAAUCAUUGAUAAAGACUUGAAUGCAGAAACGCUAAUUUUGUACCCGGAGUUGUAUAAAGUGGGACCAGAAGGACAGACCUACACGAGGCUAUCUUUCCUCAUAAUCUUCCUCGACUCCGUCUACCAGAGUGUCUGUAUUCAUUUUGUCUGCUACUUUGGCUACUUUGAGGGUGUGGGCAUCUGGGAGUUUGGUACAACAAUGAUGGUGAUAACAGUUCUUACAAUCCUGGUGCAUUACAUCAUAGAGACAUUCAGGCUGAUGUGGCCCCAGUGGCUGACCCUGAUCCUGAGUUUCCUGAUUUUCUGGUUGUUUGGGAUCAUCAUAGACUCGUUCUUCAUGACAUUUGACCACCCAAUGACCCCCUACUGGGUCAUGAUGGUCACAAUCUCCAAACCCACGCACUUCCUUAUGGUGGCCCUUGGAACCAUCACUGCAUUGUUACCUAGGUUGAUAGUGCGAAUUGUGCAGCAGACUGUAUUCCCUGAUGUGAUUAUGAAAGCCCAGCAGAUGGAGAAAGCCCAGGAAGAAGCUGAAGAGAACAGACAUGACAAUAGCAGAACCACAAGCCCUGACUCUGCCCAGAACAACCCGCGAAAAGACUCGAAAGAUUCUGGGUACGAUAACAAGGCAUUAGACAUGAAACAUGACCUUGAGGACACUAAGCAAAAUGGGCAGGUGGAGUUUGAAAAUGGUGCCAGUAAAAAUGGGGAAAGAAACGGUCACAUUCGUCAGCGACAGUUGAGUAACCCGCCAACAAACGGGGUUGCUGAGACGGCCACAUGACGGUGAACCUGCACACUGGAGCUUCACGAGGGAGAAACCAUUGGACCUUAUGUCUUACAUAUUAUACGCCAUUCAAACUGCAGCAUUAUUGUGAUAUAAUUUAGUGGUUGGGUGUCAGUGUAUGGCACAAAUGGCACUACAUGACCUGUACAUAUGCCAAUGUGAUACUGAUUAAGAAUUUUAUUAUCAUCCAAUACAAGUAUCUCAAUUUUAUGUAUCCAUUUUCACCUUUCAAGGCCGUUUUCAUUUCUCGUUUACAGUUGGUUUCCCGUUUUAUGUGUUUUAUUUAUGAUUUCAAAUGUUACCUUAAAGAUCAAAAUAGUUCAAAUCCAACUUUUCAUUAUAACUAAAUCAAAAUUGUUCAGUUAUUUUUCUUUUUGAGUGUAGCUCCUUUUUUAACUGGAAACUUUAUCUUGUACAAUGCAACUAUUUAAAUUAUUUAAGGAUCUAGAAAUCCAGUAUCCUUGACUAUUUAAAAUAAUGGUUUACCUGUGAAAUAUAUAUACAUUUUGCUUUGUGAUAUAACUCAAAGAUUAUGUUUGUUAAAGGUUAACACAUGGUGCACAUGUAGAGUUGGUCUGUAGAUGUUGUACACUUGUUGUGUUUAUUAAAGAGUUUACAGGGCUCUCACUAGGCUGGAAAUUUUGGGAGAAGUGACUUUUCCCUUCAGUCAAUUUAGGGAGAAGUGGGGAGAAGUGAUACUUUUCGUAACACCUGAUACAAAAACUAUGCCAUACCAUUCACCUAAGUUUAUAUUCACAUUAAAAUUGAUUGCUAUAACUAUAUAAAAUGUUCAUUAAAUAAUGUAUCAUUUUUGACACAGCAAAAGUGUAUUUGUCAAUGUCACAUAGUUUAUUUCAAAAAAGCAUCUAAAAUGAAACAAACCAAAAAAAAGAAAGCUUAGGUUUUGAAAUAAUCAAAAUGACCUUAUAAAUGAACUGUCAAUAUAGUAGGGGAACGAAUGUUGUUUUGGUACGUUCGGGAUAGGGUACGAAUGUCACAUUCAGCUAUGCUGUUAUUUACUUGUCUCUUGCUAAAUAAUUUUAAAUAUACUGACAUUUAAAAAAAAUAAAAUAAUAACAUUUAAAUCCGUGUCCUUGAUGUAAAAUUUACCAAUACAUAAUGGGAGGUUGAAAAAUUAACUUGGAAAAUUGUUCUGACAAAAUGGCGAUCUCGCUGAUUUUUUUUGACAUCGUAACUGUGACAGGAGAAAAUCACUGUAAGUAAACAUUACAUAAAGCAAAAAGAACAAUUGUGUUUACAAAUCAAUUUUUAUCAUGGACAUUUCACUAAAACCAAUCAAAUAUUUGGUGAUGCGUCAUGUUAUUGAUUUUCUUAGCCUACUUGCCGAGAUGGCUAUAUGACCGUCUGCUUCAAAAGCAACAAUGUUUAAAUGUCUUGCAUUGUUUGUUCAAUACAUACAUUAAUCACUUUUUAACUUCAUUAAUGCUUGACACGAUUUUUCAUAAUUAUGUCGCCUUUUCUAUCUCAUUUUAACGAACUUAUAUCAUUUGAUCUUGGUCUUCUCAAUGUACAUUCUUAUAGGUUAACUUUCUAUAGCUCCGCCUUCUGGCGAUGUUUUGGUAAUUGAAUGACACAGCCCAAUUAUCGGAUUAGGAGAUUACCAAUUUGUACGAAUGACUUAAUUAUUGUGAUGUUUUGACUAAUAUGACAAUGGCCAAAUACUCGCUGAUUGACAGAUUUACAAUGUGCUAAAAUUUUCGGCGAAGUGAAUGUUGCUUUGAUGAUACAAAUGGGCGAAGUCUGGGAAUUUUAGGCGACCACUUCGCCCAAGUCGCCCCCUCGCGAGAGCCCUGAGUUUAUUGUUUUAUUUAAAGGUACAGUGCCUAUUUUUUACAAUGCUAACGUUAUGCUGCAAUAUAUACCAUUACAACAGUGAUACCACAGAUGUUCUGACACUUUUCAAAUAAACAUGGGUUCGAGUAUUUAUUAGCCAUAAACUUACAAUAUAUUUUAGCCAGAACUGUAAGGGAUGUUGCUAUUUGGACCAUGUACUUAUUAUACAUUCCAUUUUUGUACUCGUAGUCAUAAUUAUUAUAGCAUAUGCGCAAGUGAUUUUGUACUGCUGAAUAUAGCGUGAAUCAAAGCAUACUUUAUAAUAUUUUUGAUAGGAAUAUUUUAUCAACCAAUUGCAUAAUAGCGAUUUAUAAUAUAUAUAAUAUACAACAUACCGACAAUAUAACAUAUUUUCAUUUACUUUCAUUUCAUACAAGCAAUAGAGCAAACAUAAUGGGUUUUUUCAUUUCAUUUUAUGAAGUGACUAUUCACGUUUUUUCAACCUUAUUUACUCCAUAUAUUUUGGCAGAUCUAUUUUCUCAAAUAUUAAGCAAUACACCAAACUAUGGUUUUCAUUAGUAUUUUAUGAUAUUAGCAAAUUCACAAACUUAUGUUCCUUAUUUAAGCUUCUUUUCCUUAAAUAUUUAUCAUAUUCAUUUUAUCAAAUAUAAUGAAUGACAGUUUAAAAGGGAUGAUGCACAUGCAUUCUGGUACCUGGGACCAAUAACAAUCCUAGUCCCAGCUGGUAUAUAUAGCUGGAACAUGCAUAAACUAAUAGAGAGCACCUGUUUCAUCCCUUGGAAAUGCUGGACAGUAUUCAUUACUCAUUGUGCAAUGGUUUUAUUUUCAAAUUGCUAUUGCAUUGCAUCCAUUUUGGCCUUGGAAGAUAUUGUAAUGUUGUAUUGGUUUCUCCCAUAGUUACAGUGUGCAGGGAUUUUAUUUCAAAAUCUUCAGGUUGUGGAUUUAUAUUUUAUGCAAACAUUUGCCGCAUGUGAUCUGUAAAAACUGCUACAAAUGCUUAGUAUUUUCGUUUAAGAAAAAUUGAUUUUUUUCUGUCACUAUCACAAAUUGUUUCCAUUCCCAAUUAGUUGCAUUCAUUGUUCAUUGUUUAUAUUCUUUCUUGUUUAACUUACCUGAGUUAGUGUUUAUGCUCAUGUCUCGGCCAUAAGGAUCGCAGGACUGAUUCUGUUUUAUCAUUUAGAAAGCUUCUGACAAAAAAGAACAACAAAUGUGCCAAUUAGUCAUUAAUUGGUUUUAUUAAGAGGUUUAUUCAGUGGUUCGCUCGCUCCUAUGUGGUGACUUGUGCCGAGACAAUUGCACCAAAACACUAAUUGUGAUUUAAUCUAAAUAUUACCCAAUAUUCCUGUGCAUAAUCAGGUAGCGUCAUAAUAGCAGGCUCUGUUAGGGGCUUCUUUGAUGAUGGAAUGUAUAUUUCAAUAAGGGAAUAUAUAUGACACACUUAUACUUAAUUUCGUACAAUGCUUUAGUUCUUACCAUGAUGUUAAUAUGAAAAGGUAUAAAGUGCUGAAUUAUAAUAUAUGUGUGCAAAUGAUUUAAAGUGAUGUUGUAUUUGCUUACCAUGUUAUAGUUUAGGAAUUGAAAUCUUACAGUAUGUUUUUGAUUUUUAUCAAUGCAUAUAUGUCUAUGACACAAUCAUUCAUUAGUACAUUUGUUCUGCAGAUGUUUAUGUAUCUCAAAAUCAAAAUGUUUUGUUUAUCAUUUACGAAACAUGCAUUAAAAGACACACACGCACACGCGAGCGCGCGGGCGCGCGCAGGCACGCACGCACGCUUGAUUUAUCACAGAAAUCAGCAUAUAUAGAACUACCUUUAUCUUGUUGUAUCUAUAGCAGGUUAGUGGAGCAUAUUUUAUGAAGGACCAAAAUAUGUAUUCGUGAUGUGUGUUUUUUUCUCAAUAAUAAGUGGCAUUUACUUUCCAUCAAUUCAUAAGGAUUUUAUGUAUUUUCAGGCUAAUCCUUUCAGGUGUGCCAAAAUCUAGAAACAAUCCCAUUUGUUCAUCUGUCUGACUGAUUUUUUUACUUUCAUUUAUUUAUUUUCAUACUGAUGUGUUUGUAAACUACUCAAACUUUCUGUUCCAUCGCAUCAGUUUGUUUUGUCAGGCAUGCACAAACUUUCAUUACCGGUAACUUGUUGAGUUCUUUAUUUCAAAGUUUUUGUUUAUGUUUUAUUGUAUAUAGUAUUUUGUUACUGUUAUUUUUGUACAUGUAUGCUUUCAUUAUUUAUAUACAAUGGUUUAAAAGUCUUUAAAGUUGACAACAUUUUGUCAGCAAAUGCAAAAAGGUUGAAUCAAUUCUUUUUUAUGGCAGAUCCUAGUUGAAUUUUAAAUGUUUUAUAGUUUAACCAAUGAAAGUAAACAAAUUUAUUAUAAAAAAAGCAUAUUUUCAGAGACAAGAACAAUAAAAAGUGUUUGUUUAAAGAGAAUUGGUUGAACUUUUGAAGGAAGUUUGCUGUGUGGCUAGUCUGACUGUGAUACGUAAUUUGUUCUCUUUUCUGUGUUGGAGUGUUCAGGAUAGCUUAAUGUCGGCAUUUAUACUUGGCAAUUAGAGACGACAUUGGGUUGUUGUACCCCAGACAUCCUUACAACAAAGCAUGAAUGAAUGCAAGAACAUUUCUUUUUAUGUUCUAUUGUUUAAACUCGCAUAAAGUGGUGUGUGUAAUUUUGCAUGUGUAUUGUCAAGCAAAAUGUAAGAAUUGCAAUAUGUUGCAGGCUUUUAAUUAUUUUUAUAUUUUCUUGAUAAUGCACUCUCUUUUGUCUUUGAUAAUUACGUCUCAAAUGUAUAUAAAAAAAUCAGCAGGACAAUCGGUUGCUGAAUUGAACAGGUUUCCUUAAAAUAUUUUUUGAUACAGAAUGUUGUUGUUGUUUUUAAUUAAAUGUCGGUAAUGUCAGUCUGCAACCUAAAUUACAGGUUAAACAAAAAUAUGAAGCAAUGUCCACAAUGCAAGGUUGAACUCUGUCAUUGAGUAAAACUGAUUUUACCUGUGACAUGUUUUUUCUUAUUCUCAUACCUGUUCUCAUAUAAAGAAACUAUUUUACAGUAUAUGUAUACAUGUUUUCUCUUGUUAUAUGUUAAAUACUUCUGAAAGUUCUUGACUGAAAGCAUUUUAUUGCAUGCACAUAAGCUUAUCAGUUUUUGAUGAAGUAUGAUAAUGAUGUACAUGUAUGUAUGAUGUAUGUAUGAUAUAUGUAUGCUGUAUGUAUGCUGUAUGUAUGAUGUAUGUAUGAUGUAUAUAUGAUGUAUAUAUGAUGUCUGUAUGAUGUAUAUAUGGUGUAUGUAUGAUAUAUUUAUGAUGUAUAAUGUAUGAUGUAUGUGUUAAUGAAUGAAAGACCAGCAUGCCAGAAAAGUAAUGUAUAUGCUUUUGACAUGGCUUAGCUGUAUGAAUGAUAUGCCUGUUACUACAUGUAUUAUGAAUGAUGUUUAUAAGGCCUACAUUAAAGUGUGUGUUGUGAUUGCAUUUCUGUUUGUAUUUCUGUAUGGUGAUAUAUUGUCUCUUGUAGAGGCAGUACAUCUUCUUAAAGUUCCUUAUUUUACUGUUUUAUUGACAACAGGCAAAUAAAACAUAUCAAUUUCUA